AUGCAUUCCGCGAGUGUAUCUCUUGCAGGGGCUUCUGACACCAACUUGGCCCAAAAGCUUCUAUACAUCGACGUCUUCUCCCACACCAAGCACACUUACACCACUGGAGACAUCGUACGUGGUGUGGUGCGUGUCGAUCCUACCGCACGCCCCCAGAACGUAAGCAUAUUCUUCAGAGGAACCUGCAUUCUUUACAACAAAGACUUUGAGGGAUGCCAGACCGAACUCUUUCGCCUUGAGCGAGAGCUAUUCACAUCCUCGGGCACCAGCGAGAAUUAUGACAUCCUGCGCCGAGGCACAGCUGACGAUGGGAAAGUCGACCUUCCCUUUCAAUUUACCUUUCCACAUGUGGUAGCUCAGACGCCACCCGCGGGGCGGGAAUGGCACUACUCAAAAGAUUCCUUUGGUCAUCCUCGGUUCCAGCAUUCCCCAGGAUUUUUGCUACCUCCAACGUGCACGUCCUCGACAAACGCGGGGGUUGCAGUCGCUCCAGGUGUCUCGUACUACCUCGAGGCACGGUUAGAUUCAUCCUUGAAGAUUCGACAAGAGGUAAAGUUCGUACCACCGGCACCAGAGUAUGACUUGUUGCUUCUGCAGCCCAAUAUCGACUUCGGAACGAGUUUGCCCAGGCAGCAGUGCCGCUAUAAGUUCAUUCGAACGCGAAAGCUAUUACCCGGUUAUAAGGAGAAAAGCGGCAAGUUCAGCAAGGUGAAGGACUUCCUGGUCGAGAAAGAGCUUUUCUUCGGUAUAGAGACCUUCAGCGAAAUCCCCUUCUACAAAUUCAACGUUCUGGCCACUCCACCUCGCGUCAUAGUCAUCGGCUCCGAUUUUCCCAUACUCGUCACAUUGCAGCAUCUCGAUCGGUCAUCAUCUAUUCCCGAACCCCCUCCGCUCUUUUUGCGCCGCGUACGAGUGCAAAUAAUUUCCACUUAUAACACAUUUGUCCCGCAACCGAAAGACUCAGUCAAUUGUGCCAGUGAACACAUUGACCGCGCUGAACACACGACCACACUGAUUGACAAAAAGUUCACUUCUGGAAAUGGGGAGCCUCUACAAGACGGCCUAAAUAUGGCCGACUUGGGAGAUCAUCGGAAACUCAAGGCUGACGGAUUGAUUACACCAAGUUUCUCGACCUAUGGAAUGACACUGGAGCACGUGAUGCAGGUCGAGAUGUGGGGCGAAUGCGUAAAAAAUGAGUGGUCUGGGAUCGUGUGCAAAGAAAAAGUCCAGUUCGUCUCGGGCUGGACAUUCAGCUCGAUUUCGGGAGAGAACGGGACGAUUGGACUGGACCAGUUGCACGCAAGGCCACCUCCUCAAGCGUUUCCGCCACCAGAGUACUACACUGUGUGA